CGGUGAUUUCUGUUUUCUGUUCUAAUUUCUGAUUUGCUGUGUACAAAACGAGUUUUCUGUAAUUUAUGUGAAUUAUUUUUCUUUUUCUCCGUGGUCUAGCGCUAAACUUGUUUUUUAACAAGUAGACUUUCGGCCCAGCAAGUUGAGCCUUGUAUGUACGCAAUUAUCCCACCACAGAGAGCUUCAGUUGUAUUUUUUAAAACAUUUAUCGCCUCUGUACGCACUUGUGGGUAGAUAAUGUAGGUUGAGUUUAUGUAUUCAGACCUUCUAUGCAAGUCGUUUAUUACUCACUCUAAGAGGAAGACUAAAGAAGAGGAAUACAAAAGGUUGCCAGGGCCUUACCAAAAUUGCAGCAAACAAAAAAUAAUGUGAUCACAAGGCCGUUUGAUACCCAAAAUGGAAAAUCAAACGGACUACUUAUCAAAAUUGCCUAUUGAGAUUUUCUUAUACAUUUGCUCGUUUUUGGAUGUCAAAAAAUCUCUUCCUGCCUUGAAAUGCACUUGCAAGCGACUGAACGAAAUUCUUUGCGACGAGCUGGUUUGGAAGUCCAGGGUAGCUGGUCGAUGGCUUCCUAAUGAAAAAGAAACGGAGGUAGACUGGAAAGAGGCAUGCACUUGUGUUGAAAUUGAAGCUUCCUAUUUACGAGAACCAACGACUUGUGAUCAGAUCGUAUUUCGUAAAGCGCACGAAUCUGACAUUGACGCAUUGCAUAUUUUGGAGAACCACCAAAUUCUAUUUACUGGCUCUCGUGAUGGCUUCAUCAAAAUCUGGAACAUCAACAAAGAGAAAAAGACUCUAGAAAAGUCAAUGAUUUUACCUGGAGCUCACAAUGGAUGGGUUUGGAGAAUUGCUUCCGAAAGUUCAAGGCAAAUUUUCUCCUGCAGCUUUGACCACUCCAUGAAGCACUGGAACUUCAAUGAAGAUAAACUGACUGAAAUUUGGAAUCUUGAUUUGAAAAAACCUGUGAUGUCGUUGAUAGUAGUAGACGAAAAUUUGAUUGCUGCUGGUUUGCACAGUGAGGUUGCCUUGGUGGAUCGAAGGCAGGGAACGGCCAUCAGGCACAUCUUUAAAGAUAACUUUGUGAAACUUAACUUGGCGUUAAUCAACAAAAACAUUCUGGUCUCGAAUGGUGUUGGAAAGAAAAUUUGCCUCUAUGACCUGCGAUAUGAUAAAGAGGCCUUCUGCCUCUUUGACUUCAGCAAGGAAAAACCUGUGGUGCCCAUGCAUUUAGCUGUCCAGCAAAACAUUCUCUAUGUCUCCGAUAAUAAAUCCAAACUUUAUGCUUGUGAUGUCACUAAAGAGGAACCAUUUUUAAUCAAAGAGUAUUAUCCACCGGAGGGAGAAAGGAUGAAAGUUAUCGGAAUGUUUGCAAGCUACACUUCUCUCAUCAUGGGACUGAACUACAACAAAUCAGGCCACAUUGCAUUUUGGAGACCGAGAGCAUCUGCUACUUCAGAAGACGAGAGAUAUCCUGCUUUGAGAAAAGUCGGGGAGUUUCACAAUAUAGGAGACUUCAAUGGGUUGUGUAGUCAAAUGCAUCACAGGGAUGGGAUGAUUGUAUCUGCCAGCAUUGCUGAGAAUGAUUUGGUUUGUGUCGUUCCGAAAGAUUUCUAGUGUUUGCAGCAGUGCAGAAUGGAUUAAAUAAAUUGAAUCUUGCAGCUGACACCUUUCAAGCCAUAGCAGAGGUCGGUUGGCAAGGAGUCGUGGAUUUCUUUACAAAAAAUCAGGUGAAGAGCACACACGAUUUAACAGAUUUUGGUGGUCAAAAAUGUUCCUGGAAAUAUUGAAUAUCUCUGGUUCUAUUUGAGAUACUGAAAUGCGGCGAGAACCAAAAAUUUUCUUUUUAUAUCCUCUUUAACCCUGAGAAGUCAAAUAAUUCAAGAGGUCUACGUCAUAAUGUAUGGGUUACAUAUGCUAAAACAUUCUAGCAAAAAUAUGCCACUUUUGAUUCUUUGAUCGGGCUAAAAAAUUUUAAAAUUUAGGAACAACGUAUAUAUUUUAAAAAUUCAGGAUGGCAUCUUUUUUAGAUUUUUUUUUAAAAUAUCACAAUAUUUUAAAAAAACUAAAAGAUUUUCACAUUUUGCCGAUGAUCAAAAAUUGAUUUUGAGAAAGUACUAAUAUAGAUAAAUAAACUUAUUUAUUUUUUGACGAUUCGAUCAUUCCUAAAUUAUCAAAAAAUCUCUUAAAAAAAUUUCUGGCCAAUGGCAAAAAUUUGAAAUUUUCACGUUUUUUAUUUUACCUGUGAUUUUUUUUUUUCAAAAUCUAAGAAGAU